UAUCUUUUAGUUCAGCCUUUUAGUUCAACAAAGCAAAACCCUACGGCCAUCCAACGCUUAUAUAUUUCCUUUCUCGCGUUCUUCCUUCUUCUUUCCUCCUGCAUCGACGAUAAAGGCAUUAGAACGUUCCCCACUGCUAAAGGCACUACGAGUCUUCGAAAUGGAAUCCUUCCGCAAAGCCAAGAAAGUUCGGCUCCGCAACCGACACGGAAAAUACAUGGUUGCCAAAGACAAUGAAUCGUCGGUUGUGCUGGACAGAAAUGGAUUACUUGAACGAGCUAAAUGGACCGUCGAGUUUGUAAAGGGCUCCAACUCUGUCCGUCUUAAGAGCUGCUACAACAAGUAUCUCACCAUCUCCUGCGAUCGUUUGGCACCUCUUUCUAAAGGUCGGAAAGUUGAACAGACCUCCUUGUCAUUUGACGACCCUUAUGUCCAGUGGCAGCCGAUCCAAGAUGGGGAACACAUCAAGCUCAAGAGCCAGCAAGGUUUCCUCAGGGGUUAUACGGGGUGGUAUAGACUAUUGCGGGACAAGAUCGGCGAUUAUACAUCUGAUGAAACACAAAGGUCUGACUUGCGAUGGAAAGUUGAAACCGCUGAAAGUCUUGAGGGACAUGAGGACACAAGGACUCCUGAGGCUACUCUGGUGCCUACAAGAGGUCAAACUACAGCUCAGGCUGAGGAGGCUAGCAGACAAAAAAAGCUGCAACUAGGAAUUAGGGCAACAGGUGUAGCAGUUGGCGCAGCAGGUGUAGGAGUUAGCGUAGCAGCGCUAGUGAAGGGGGACGCUAGCAGGGAAGAAGGUGGGCCAGUAAAUGGGGACGCUGGCGAGGAAGAACAGGCAGGAAUGGCGGAUGCGGUCGGAGUUGAGGAUGUAGACGCAGGAGAUGGAGAUUGGUAGUUCUAACUUCUAAGAGCAUCUUCAAUGUUCUGUAUUAGAAUCGGAGUCGGAUCUGUUCAAAUGGUGUCCCCAAGCCUGUCCUCCCAGUCAAUCAAUGCCACCUCAUUUUAAAAAAUAAUACUUAUAUUUUAUUAUUAGUUUAUUAGUUUUCUACCUUUUUUUUUUUUUUUUUGCCCUAAAA